GUUAUCGCUCCUGCGGUAGAACCUAAGACGCGCGUGACUAUCGGUUAUCGCGCUCUACUGUCUGCUUCGAGAUGACUCGUCGUAGGAGUGCUGCGCACGGUUGUUGUCAUGUGACCUGAUAUGUGUGUAUAUAUGUGGGCGUGGCAAUAAACGGGGCACUUCUGGGUCUGGGCCCCAAGUUGGAAGUCUUGCCUUCAUCCCAAAGCAAACGCGACAUGGUGUCAGAAGUGGGAUGACACUCCUGCUCUCCCUCGUCGUCGUCGUCCUACGCCCCUUCUUCGCCGUGGCUGCCAUUUAAGUUCAAGCAUGGUUGGCGACGAAAGCGGCACCGGCACGGACCAGGCCAUUCGAGCUCCGUCGCAGCCGGGAGUGUUUCCUGUCCAGCCGCCCCCGAGUUUUAACUUCGACAAAACGUCGGAAUGGCCCGCUUGGGUGCUGGACUUCGACGACUACAGGUUCGCCUCAGGACUGAACGAGCGGACACAAGAAGCACAGGUACGGACCUUGCUAUACACAAUGGGAAGGCAGGCACGCAAGAUAUUUCAAACCUUCAACCUGUCCGAGGAAGAAGCGAAAAACUAUUCUCUGGUCAAGCAAAAGUUCGACGACCAUUUUGUCGCCGCGCGCAAUUUGGUCUACGAAAGCGCCCGCUUCCACCGUCGUUCUCAAGAACCCGGGGAAACAGUGGACCAGUUCGUUACGGCGCUUCACACGCUGGCCGACCGGUGUGACUACGGAGAAGUCAAAGAACGCAUGGUGCGUGACCGCUUCGUUGUGGGCCUGAUGGACGCCAAGCUGUCCGAGGCUCUCCAGAUGGACGCGACGCUGACGCUAGCCAGCGCCCUUGCCAAGGCACGCCUGAAGGAGACGGUGCAACGGCAACAGAGGGAGCUUCGCUGCGGCUCGGCGGAACAUUCCGAGACUGCCUCGUCAACGGCAGAGGUGGACGCAGUUCGCAGAGAACAAGCUACGGCGCGUCACCCGCGGAACAACCGGCGUGGUGGACACAAAGGCAACGGCGCUCCGAAGUGCUCAUCGUGCGGAAGAGGUCCGCACUCCAGGUCUUCGUGCCCGGCUAGAGGAGCGGUCUGCCACAAGUGCGGCAAGCGAGGACACUUCGCCGCAGCGUGCUUCACGCCGUCUAAGCCUACAGGGACACCCCGGGACAACUAGGCAGCACGCCAGCCGAGCUGCUGAUGAGUCGGCGACUCCGGACCACGCUCCCGCUCCACCCAAAGAAACUGGCGCCUAGUACGCAAAACCUGAAGGAGGUCCGUCGAAAAGACACUCUCCUUAGGGACGCCCAAC